AUGCGCAGCGACAUGCCGUAUCGGGGGCUCUCCCAACAUGUGGAGCUCGACCGGGCUGCGGACCCGCAAGAUAGGUUCACGCUACAGGAGCUUAUAGGCGAAGGCACAUAUGGUGAGGUUUACUGUGCAAAGGAUAAGAAGUCAGGAAGACGAGUUGCUGUCAAGAUUUUAGAAAAUAUCACCGAGAAUAUAGAAGAAAUAGAAGAAGAAUUUCUCGUAUUCCGAGAUUUAUCAAGUCAUCCAAAUAUUCCCGAAUUCUUCGGACUUUUUCUAAAACGUGGAAUAUCAUCUGAAGAUGACCAAAUUUGGUUUGUUAUGGAGCUAUGCACAGGAGGUUCAGUCACAGAUUUAGGCGCAGGUAUGCGAGCUCGAGGUAACAAUUUGACCGAACCACAAUUAGCUUACGUUAUUCGUGGAACAGUCCGAGCUCUGACCCACCUACAUGCGCAUCGAUGUAUGCAUCGAGAUGUGAAAGGCCAUAAUAUUCUAUUAACAGAAGAUGCUGAAGUAAAACUUGUUGACUUCGGAGUAUCUUCGCAUCUUGCCGCAACAGUUGCAAGGCGAAACACAUCUGUAGGCACUCCUUAUUGGAUGGCACCAGAGGUGAUAGCAUGUGAACAGCAGUUAGACCAGUCAUAUGAUAGCAGAUGUGACGUUUGGUCUGUUGGUAUCACAGCAAUAGAGUUAGCAGAAGGAGAACCACCACUGUCUGGUUUACAUCCAAUGCGAGCUCUAUUUCAAAUACCUCGUAACCCACCACCAACUUUGUCACAUCCUGAACUCUUUUCUACACAACUUACAGAUUUUAUAUCGGAAUGCUUAGUCAAAGACAUGAACCAAAGACCUUUUGCGAGAGAACUUUUGGAACAUCCAUUACUAUUAGCUGUUAAUAACUUUGAGGAAAAAAUAAGGAAAGAACUUCGCGCUGAAAUAAAACGUCAAAGAGCUGAAGGGCGAGGCAGUCGCGCGCCAGAAGCUACUACAAAGCGAGGAAAAUUAAAAUCACAUAGAAAAGCAAAACCAGAGAAAAUGUAUACAGAUGAUUUAGCUACGUUGGAAACUUUAACAGAAGACGCCAUUGUUGAACAACUUCAAAAAAGAUAUAAUCAAAAUCAAAUUUACACUUAUAUUGGAGACAUUCUAGUCGCAGUCAACCCUUUCGCUGACAUUGGAAUUUACACAACAAAGACUCAACAGUUAUACCAAGGUCGUUGUCGCUCCGACAAUCCUCCUCAUAUCUAUGCAGUAGCAGAUGCUGCUCACCAAGCGUUAAUGCACCAAAAACAAAAUCAAGCUAUCGUUAUAUCGGGUGAAAGUGGAGCUGGGAAAACUGAAUCUGCUAAUCUUCUUUUGAAACAACUUGUAUAUUUAUCAAAAACACAGUAUAGUAACCUGGAAGACAAAAUUUUACAAGUUAAUCCAAUCAUGGAAGCUUUUGGAAAUGCACGUACGGGAAUCAACGCCAACAGUUCUCGAUUUGGAAAAUAUCUGGACCUAUCGAUAAUGAGAGUCGGCAGAAUAUCAGGGGCUCGAAUAUCUGUUUAUCUGUUAGAACAAUCUAGGGUAGUUCAUCAAGCAUUGGGUGAAAGUAAUUUUCACGUUUUUUACUACCUUUACGAUGGACUAGAAAGCGAAGGGCGGUGGCGAAAAUAUUAUCUCGACGAACAGUUGAAAUCUAGACACCGUUAUUUACAACCGCUUUCGAUUACUCAUCGAGAACACAACGUACAUAGAUGGCGACAACUUAAUCAAGCGUUUAAGGUCGUUGGUUUCCAUGAAGAAGAGGUACAAAUUAUUUAUAAAAUGUUGGCAGCUAUAUUACAUCUAGGAGACAUAGAAUUUGUAGAAACUGCGGGUGAACACAAUACAGACAACAGAGCUACAAUCAUUGACACGGCACCGUUACAUCGAGCUUCUUGUCUUUUGGGUGUGGAGACAAGUGACCUCCGAGAAUGCUUAACUAGCAGUAGUGUGGUUACAAAAGGUGAAACGAUAGCAAGAUAUAGUUCGCCAGCAGAAGCAGCUGUGGCAAGAGAUGCAACUGCCAGAGGAAUUUAUGCAAGAGUUUUCGACAGAAUCGUAGAAAGGAUAAACGCGCUUCUUUGCCAAAAUAGACCUCAUAGCGAACAAUUAUCCAUAGGAAUUCUAGACAUCUUUGGAUUCGAAAACUUCACGAGAAACUCUUUUGAACAAUUGUGCAUAAAUAUCGCCAAUGAACAGAUUCAGUACUAUUUCAAUCAACACAUAUUUACUUGGGAACAACAAGAGUAUAUGGCUGAAGGUGUGCCGGUUGACCUUGUAGAAUUUUCGGAUAAUCGACCAGUUUUAGAUAUGCUAUUAUCAAGACCAAUGGGGUUAUUAGCAUUACUUGAUGAAGAAAGCAGAUUUCCACGUUCAACGGAUAGAACACUCAUUGAAAAAUUUCAUCGAAAUAUUAAAAGCAAAUAUUAUGUGAGACCUAAAUCUGACGCGGUCUGCUUUGCAAUUCACCACUUUGCUGGUCGCGUUGUUUACCAAGCUGAUGGUUUCUUAGAGAAAAAUCGAAACUUUUUACCUCCAGAAGUUGUUCAACUAAUGAGGCAGAGUCAAUAUGAUGUAAUAAGAUUUCUUUUCCAAUGCCCAAUAACGAAAACGGGCAAUUUAUUUUCUGCUAUAAAUGGAGAAAUGGAUGUCAGUAGCUUAGAAAGCGCAACGUCGGGUGACGUUCGGGACAGAUACAACAGUCGAGGGCUCGCUUCUCAAUCACGAGCACAACAAACUGUGUCAACAUACUUCAGAUAUUCUCUAAUGGAACUUCUACAAAAGAUGGUUAGCGGGACUCCACAAUUCGUGAGAUGUCUAAAACCAAACGACUCUCGGUCACCAAAGCACUUUGAUUCCGCAAAAAUCUUAAAACAGCUGCGAUACACUGGAGUUCUAGAAACUAUAAGGAUCAGGCAAAAUGGAUUUUCGCAUCGUCUGGCGUUUGGUGAAUUUUUGAAAAGGUAUGGUUUCUUAGCAUUCGGUUACGAUGAAGAAAUUAAGCCAAACCGUGACUCCUGUCGGCUUCUCUUAUUGCGGUUGAAAAUGGAUGGCUGGGCUCUCGGUAAAUCUAAAGUAUUUUUGAAAUACUAUCACGUUGAAGUUCUUUCACGAAUAUAUGAAGAACAGAUAAGAAAAGUUAUCUUGGUACAAGCAUGCGUACGCGGCUGGCUGGCUAGACGUAACUACCUCCGAUUGAAGACACAAAUGGCGAUCUCAGUUCUCACACUGCAAAGACAUGUGCGAGGCUGGUUAACAAGGAAACGGCUUCAAGAAAGACAAAAACAGUUAGCUAGAGAAUUUAAGAAAGGACAGAUUGAACAAGAAAACCAGAGGAAACAACAACGAGCAGGUGUUCCAGUAAAGAAUAAUAUUAUGAUACCAAAAGUAUUAAGAAGAAUGAGUACAGAUGACAGUGAUAGCAAUGAUACCAGUUCAAGCAAUAAAGAAAACGUUAAUUCUACAAAAGCUGCAAUAAUUCUACAGAGUCAUUUCCGUGGUUACACAGCAAGGCGUAAGCUAAAGGGUCGAGCACCACCGCCACCACAGCAUUCUCCACCUUCUCCACCAACUCAUCACCAAAUUAUGCAGCAGUUCUCGGUGCAGGAACGUGCAGCACAACUGCAGUUGUUUGCUGAACAGGUACAUCAAAAGAAUCAAGAAGUUCAUAAGAAUCUCCGUCGAAAUAAACCAGGAAUUCGAUUAAAAGAUGUAAAAAAACCACCAGAAGAGUAUCAACCACCUCCCGGUUUUCGAGUUGUGCCUGCAAUAAUGAGAAGCCAUCCAUCACAAGUAGAACAAGACGCCAGUAGACUUUCUAGUCCGUCUCCGGAGUUUUAUGAAAGCGAUACAAUGCCAUGGGAUCAAAUAUUUCAAAUAAAGGAUAUAUGUAAAAGAAAUGACAGACAGCAAACGGGUAAUAUUAGAGACUACAAUGAUGAAAAACCUUUACACAACAGUCAGAACCGUCAGAACCUACCGUGUAGUAGGCAAUGUAGUGGUCUAGUCAGUAAUAAAAUAAUAGAAUUGGUGAAACAAACUCAAAAGGCUGAUCCUCCACCGCGACCGGUCUAUAGCCCAGCGUAUGAUCCUGAAUCAGACCUUCGAAAGAUUUUGCGAAACUCACCACAAAUGCUCGCGACUCCUGCGUUCAGCUCGGAUGACGAUUAUAACGAUGGACCUUUCAGGUUCAAAAAAUUACUAAGACCAACCUUGGGUCCAACUGAAAGCCUACGAAAGCGAAAAGUCCGAAAUUCUUCCGGACAAAGCCCGUGGUUGUCUGAUAGCUCUCAAGAUAGUACCAAUUCUAGAGAAGCACUCUAUAACAAACGCCGUCCACAAAUUAGUAUGGGGGUCUAUUAUAAUUAAUUAUAUUAUUAGUAUUACUAGUUAUGUAACUAUCGCAUACAACAAUUUUCUUCGAUAAAAGUUAUCAAACAGAAAUUUUAAAAUUUACGAUAUUUUAUAAAAUUCAUAAAUAUGUUUUUAAUUCUUAUAUAAUUUGUAUUCUCACUUUUUUGCACUUAUCAUUUUAUUACAACACAUUAUACUUACUACGAGUAUAACAUCCGGUUAUGUUUAAUUUAACUUUAUGUACGUAAUACUAUCUACCACCUAAAGUAUAUGUUUAAAAUGUUACAUGCAAUAUUAUAAAUUUAUUCAUAGAAACAAUUACCAAAGUCUUAAUUCUAAAUAUACUUUAUUUUAGUUUAUGUUUAUAUGAUUUACAGCUAUUUAAGUGUCUUUAUAUUGUUUGCUAUAUUUGAAAGAGUUUUUGUUAAAUUUUACUUAAAUAUUUAGUUCUAAAUUGUAUUAUUUAUCUUACAAUAUUUGUAACUUAUACUUAAGUAAACGUUCGAAUGAUAAAACCUUAAAUUAUUUUCCUACUGUAUUUUUAUUAAAUAAUUUUAAGAAAAACAUUUACUUGUAAUGUUCCGUGUUAGUAUAAAUCAUUGACAAAUGGUGUGAUAAUGUGCCAAUGAUUAUUGUAAGUUUAACAUUUAACGAUUUAUUAUACUGAAGUAAAUAAAGUUUAUAUAUUUA